AUGGAAGACAAGUUUGUCACCGCUCAUGCAUGGGCUAAAAAGGAGGAAGCCAGGGUAAACGACAUAUUCGCCGUUAGGCAGACACCCGGCGAGGGACUCAGGGACUUCUUAGCCCGGUUUAACAGGAUGAGAAUGAUCCUACCGAAUGUAUCAGAAGGGAUGGCGGUAGUGGCCUUCCAGAAUGGAUUGAGUAGAAAUGGGUCUAGAGCAACCAGAAAGCUAGUAAGCAAACUCAUGAAAUACCCUCCCACCACUUGGGAAGAAAUUCACAAUGCCUAUUGCGCCGAGGUAAGAGCCGACGAGGACGAACUCAAUGGCCCGAUCCAACGGCUGACAUUAGUUCAAGCAGAAGCAAGGAAGGAUCGAUGCAAUGAAGGUCGAAGGGACCAGUUGGGCCCCCGUCUCGGUCGAGAGAGACAUCAGCCCUACAUCAGAACAACCAUCCCACAUCCCUCGUGGCACAUGGAUGGUCCUCCUCGACAUACCACGACACCGCAAAACGAAAGAGAAAUAGUGUACGCACUAGAGAAUCUCGGCACAAAGGUACAAUGGCUGCAAAAGAUGAAGUCCGAUCCAAGUACUCGGAAAACAAAUGCCCUCUGCGAAUUUCACCAGGAACGGGGUCAUAAAAUCGAUGACUACAUAGGGCUGCAGCAGGAGGUGGUGAGAAUGCUAAAUCAGGGACACUUGAGAGAACGGAUGAGCGACCGAGGGCGAGCCAAUUUUGCCAGUGGACGCGAGAAACCCCCUGGGACCUCUAAAACCGCCUUCUCCCGCUCGUACCAUACAAAUGAUUGUCGGUGA